AUGAUAUGGACCCUUUCUUUGUUGUUGAACCAUCAAGAUGUGUUGGACAAAGCAACAGCGGAAGUAGAUAAACACUUUAGGAAAAAGAAGAAGUUAUCGCAUAAUACACCUACCGUGGAUGCUGCUGAUAUUCCUAACCUCAUCUACAUCCAAGCGAUCAUCAAAGAAUCAAUGCGAUUAUACCCUGCCGGCAACUUGACGGAGCGAAUGACGAGUGAUGAUUGUGAGGUUGGUGGCUUUCACAUACCUGCUGGGACUCGCUUAUGGGUUAACGUAUGGAAAAUGCAACGAGACCCAAAGGUGUGGAAUGAUCCCUUGGUAUUUCGACCUGAGAGAUUUUUGAACAGUGACAUAGAUGUGAAGGGUAAGCAUUAUGAACUGGUACCAUUUGGAACUGGUAGACGGAUAUGUCCGGGGGCAUCGUUUGCCUUAGAAGUCUUGCAUUUGCUUCUUACUCGUCUUAUUCUGGAGUUCGAGAUGAAGGCACCAGAUGGGAACAUUGACAUGAGGGUAAGACCAGGUUUUUUCAACAGCAAGGUUUCUAGCAGCAGCAUGAUGCUUGCCACC